AUGGUUCAUUGUCUUCCAUAUCUGGAAGAAAUUAAUGAAGUAUGUGAGGGAUGUCAAUUGGGCAAGCAACAUAGGGACUGGUUUCCUAAAGGGCAGGCUUGGAGAGCAAAUAAUCCUUUGGAACUGAUACACACAGAUCUAUGUGGUCCAAUGCAGACUGAAUCUAUAGCUGGAAACAUAUAUUUUAUGCUACUCAUUGAUGAUUGCAGAAGGAUGACUUGGGUGUACUUUCUAAGUGGCAGAAAACCAGGUAUUGGUCAUCUCAAAGUGUUUGGAUCACUUUGUUAUGUACAUGUACCAACAGAAACAAGGCAUAAACUGGAUGCUAAGAGUGUCAAGGGGGUUUUUGUUGGAUAUGCUGUUUGUGCAAAAGGGUACAGGGUAUUUGAUACUCUCACUAAGAAGUUGCUUUUGUCAAGAGAUGUUGUGUUUGAUGAAAGUAUGACUUGGAACUGGAAAGCACAGACAGAAAUAUCUACUGCAGUGACAAAUACAUCUAAAACUGAAAUUGAUUCCAGCCUACAAGAAGUAACAGAGAUAGACAACAAUUGUGCUAGUCCUUGCAGCUCCUUUCAAGCUGAAGAACAAGAGAGAAAUAUCCAUGAAACUGCUAAGAUCACUAAACCAUAUGAUCAUACACCAGUUAAGUGGAGAAGCAUAAACGAUAUUAUGACACAAUGCAAUCUCUACAUUGUGGAGCCAGAGAAGUAUGAAGAAGCUGAAUAG